UUCAUAUCGUUAUACUAAUAAUAACAGACGCAUCAUCCGAUCAAAUUCACGAAUAGAGAUCGACAAAAAUUCAAAUCGACAAACUACAUAUUCCUGUGCGGUGAAAAUCUGCGGGCAUUUUGAAUGGUUCUGGGUUUCUAUUGAGACGAAUCGACUGGUACUCUAGCAAUCUCUGCUUUGCUCAGGAAGAAAUUUUGACAAGCUUUGUAGUUCCCCUUCCUCCGGCGGUGUAACCACAAUUCCAACAGCCUCCACGAAGAAGAUGCGUGUUCGAAGCAAGUCGACCUCAGCUGUUGAAGAUGCGAAAGAGGCUCCACAGAACAAUGGAAGGCGAGUGGUGAUUGACGGUGUCAAAGCAGGCCUAAAGAAUGGUUUUAACGGGACGCAAAAUGGCGAAGAGUCUUCGUUAUUCGUGAAAGCCCCCAAAGACAAACACCACGAUAGAAAAUCCCGGAGCGGUCGCCGAGGUCUACCAAAGAAAGGUGGAGCAGGGGGAAAGGGUACUUGGGGAGCCAUUGGUGAAGUACUGACUGAUGAAGAUAUGAAGAUCAGAGACCAACAUGAUCCAAAUUAUGAAUCAGAGGAAGAUGAGGAUGAGCCUUUUGAUAUGAAGGAGUGCAAACCAGAGCUUACUGAGGAAGAGUUUAGCAAAAACAUCACACCAAUUGUGCAGGAAUAUUUUGAGCAUGGAGACACAGAGGAUGUCUUGCUCUCCCUGGAGGAACUUAACAUAUCUUCAAGGAAGUACAAGGUUCCUGCCUUUGCUGUCAGUCUUGCACUGGAGAAAAAGGCAACUCAGAGAGAAAUGGCAUCAGUUCUCAUCUCAGACUUGUAUGGCAAGCAUCUCAGCCAAGACGACAUAGCACAAGGGUUCCAGCAGCUGUUAGAUGACCUUGAUGAUCUGAGUUUAGACACCCCUGAUGCUCCAGAGAUGGUGGGAAAGUUCAUUGCUCGUGCUAUUGCUGAUGACUGUUUGCCACCAGCUUUUGUUAGUAAUUUGGGAGAUGCUCCUCCUAAUUCCAAUCAAGCCAAAGCCUUGGCUGAAGCAGGUGUGCUGCUGAAAAUGAAACAUGGGAUGGUACGAUUGGAUAGUGUGUGGGGUGUGGCUGGAGGAAGACGCCCAGUCAAGUAUCUUGUGAAAAAGAUGGUUUUGUUGCUGAAAGAGUAUUUGUCUUCAGAAGAUAUUGAAGAAGCAAGUCGUUGCGUCCAGGAGUUGGAAGUGCCACAUUUCUAUCAUGAGCUGGUUUAUGAGGCAAUCAUUAUGACUUUGGAAGAUGAGCAUGAUCGAGUGAUGACCCUCAUGAAGAAUUUAUUACAGUUCUUCUCAAACACUAACAUUGUCAAACCGGACCAAAUUAAGAAUGGUUUUCAACGUGUGUUUGACUCUUUUUCCGAUAUCCAACUGGAUAUUCCACAUGCCCAUACACUUCUGGAAAAGUUCACUGACAUGUGUGCCCGCGAUGGAAUCAUUCCAAUCUCCUUUACUAUGAAAGUCCCUUCCAGAGGACGAAAGCGCUUUGUCAGCGAAGGUGACGGGGGAUUGGUGAAAUCUUAGCUUUCUCCUAAGAAAGCAAUAACGAGCCAGACAAUUAAUCAGUGAACUCUACUAACAAGGGGAGAACAUUCUUGUUUAAAAAAGGGUCUUGUUUGUCACGGUCUCCCUCGAAGCCGUUCUUUUGCAUGUAACCUAGCGUUGCCCUGUUCCGUGGCAUCCCAAAAGACGGUUACGAAAGAGACCAUGUUUGUCAGUACACCGGUAUUCUUAGCCACCUACGUUUAGCGUUAACACUAAGCUAAAAUUGUUGUAAUCGUGUAUGAAUGAUUCUCGACAUGAUGUCGUUAGCCCCUAGUUCUUGUUAAGUUGCGGAUUUUCUCUACAUCUCUCUCUCGCUCUCUCUUUCUCUAUAUCCUUGGUGGAGUCGAUGUCUCCUGUGCGCAGACCAUACCUUGAAAAUUACUUUUAUACUUUAUUUUCAAUUUGGUUCUUCAACUGUUAAGAUUCGCUUUCCAGUGAAAAUUUUUUUUAUGAGGGUUUUCAUUGUUAUUCUGAGCUAACGGCAGUAAACCUAACUUGUACAUAAGGGUUUUUCGUCGGUCGAGGUAGUUGUGAUGUUAUAACUUAUUGGUGGAAUGUAUUCUUUUUUGUUACUGUUGAUGCGUAAUGUAGUCAUCACUGCAGAGUGAUAUUAACGAGAAAUGAAGUGAACGACGGACUGCCGUGGCCUUAAGUCACCUUGAAUCGAUAAUAAUGUAUUUUGAAUGGGGAGUAAUUGCGAUGUCUCAGUCAUUUUUUCGUAAGUUCUAUUUUUCAUCCCGCAGUUUUCAGUUCUUGUGUCGUUUACUCUUUGUCAGCUUUAGCAUUCGAUGUUUCUGUGUUAUUUUUAGUUCAGUUAAGGUUAUAACAAACAAACUCCUGAUAUCCAGGGUUUAGAGAAACUUGCGAUAUGUUUUUUGUUUCCUUCCUCUCUUUUGGACAUUUAUGUUAACAGCGGAAUCAUCCCAGACAAUAUCACAUUUUUUUUCAAACGCUUUGUCUCCCUUCUUACACGUGAAAAUUGUACAGACUCUCUCUGGCUUGUCAAACUUUAUAAACAAAUAAAAAAAUUGAAACCCA